AUGAGAUUUCUACUCAUUACAUUUAAAGUUGUGCUUAUAUUUUUGAUAGAACUUAUGAAAAACCACGACAAAACCUUUUUGUCUAUAUGUGGGGCAAAGCAGAUCGUAGAAAAGGAUUUCCACCAAAAGGGAGGUAAAAGAAUAUUUCAUUUUCUAACCCCACAAAGUAGUUUUAAGCAGGGGUCUAAAUUAUUUAUGACGAAAAAGUUCAAAUACAAAUAUAAAAACUCUCUGGAAAGAAGAAUACGAAAAGGAAGAAUAAGAAAUGAAAUAAAUCAGAAAUUAAAAAAAAAAAAUAGUGCCUACAUAAUGAUAACUGAAAAGUUAAGUAAAUUAGAUCCUGAGCAGAAAUACUUUAAGUACGAUAAAAAUAUAUUAAAGGAAUAUGAAAAUAUUAAAAAUAUUUACAAAAAUAAAAAGUUAGGACGUAAAUUUAACCAAUUCGAUUAUUGGUAUUCAUCUAGAAAGAAAGAGGCUAAGUAUAAUUAUAGUAGACAUGUAAAUUUUACCAUCACGGAGAAUAAAUUUAAUUUUAAAAAUGUAUUUUCGUACUUUCACAUACUAGAAGUUGUACAUGAAAAAUUUAAAAACAACGCUUUUUAUAUUAACGGGCUGCAGUCUUUUAUUAAUAAGUAUUACGACCCCGUUACCGGGAAAAGGAUUAAAUAUUACGACAAAAUUAGGGAACAACUUGAGCUGAAAAAGAAAAAUGGGGGGCCUAAAGAUGAAGUGGCCUGUGAUAAGGAGGGGGCUUCUGUGGAUGGUGUAUCGGAAGAGAAGGUAAAAUCGAAUUAUGUACCUACCUCAAGUGGUUCAUCAGAAGAAGAGGUAAAAAAGAAUCAAUGUUAUCAAGAAGGUACAGUAAAAAAUAAAGACAAAAUGGAGUGCAUAAAGAAGGAAAGAGAAAAAGACACAUGCACAUCGAAGAAGGAGUUCUUUCAGAUGAUCGAAAAGAACCUAAGAGAAUUUGAAUAUUCAAAUGAAGUAAGUGAAGAUGGGUCGUUUAAACUUUUCGGUUCUCCUACAAGUUGUCUUCUAAAGAAAAAUGGCCCAGUCGCCUAUGACAUAAGAAACCUCUUCAUGAAAUCAAAGAUGUCCUCAAAGAGGAGGAGAUUUAAAGAGAGGAAGCUCUUCGAUAUUAUCAACUUUAAAUGUAAAAAUAGGCGGGAACGACUAAUGCAAACGGCGGUGCGGAAAUUGGCCAAGAGGAAAAUGAAGGACGAAAAGUACAUUUUGGACCCAAUGGAGCCUGCUUAA